AUGGUUGGCACAGCGGUGGCCCUAUCAAAUGCACUCGGACUCAAUAGAGACCCCUCGAGCUGGGCUAUAUCCUCGUCGGAAAAGAGCCUCCGCAUUCGAAUAUGGUGGCUUGUUAUCUUACAUGACCGAUGGUGUAGUCUGGCAUAUGGAACCCCCUUACAAGUGCAUCGAGCACAAUACAAUGUCCCCUUCCCAUCAGUCAACGAUAUUUGCUCCGAAAAUGCCUCGCCAUACCAGAGAUCGGCCGCUUCGAUUUUUGUUGCUUUGGUAUCCUUGACGGACGUUCUUGCACGCUACUUGGAAUGUGUAUUUCAUGUAGCGGAGGACCCACCUGCCUCUGAACCGUCUGCUACAUAUUUAGAGCAAAUUCUCAACAACUGGGAAGAAUCUUUGAGUGAUGAUGUUCGUCGAAUCGUUCUUCGAGGAACAUGCUUAGAUGAGCCGGGGGCGGCCAACUUCCGACUCAGCUAUUUGGCGGUUAAACUGCUCCUCCGACGCAUUCAGUUGGAUCUCAAGAAGAGCUCGGCUCAAAUCGAAGACGAUACUGCCUCACCAUUCUACAUUCUUGCUCAGCGGUCCGCUGAAGAAGUUGCUUUUCUCAUGCAGGAGCUAGAAGAAGCCCAACUUCAUGGAUUCUGGAUACCAGUGCAUGCAUUUUCGAUUACAUCGGCUACUAUGUUCCUAAUUCGGAGUGGUCUUCGAUUAAAAGGCCAGAACCGGAACAGACUGCUCAAUAUUGCACAAGGCAUGAUCAAUACUCUUCGAGCCCAUCGUGAAUCGUUUGAUUGGGAUCUAGGUGACCACUGUCUAGCCCAAUGCAGUGAAUUAGUUGAGAGGAUUCACGCGAAAAAUGUACAAGCAGAAAAUGGUACCUCCACGUCAGGUCUGCUGGAUAUUUCUGAGAACCUAGACCUGGAUCCGAUUAUUUUGGAAGAACUGUUCGGAGUUUCGAGUGGUUUGGAAGGGCUUUUCGGCGAGAUUUCAUAG